GGAAGGACUGACAGAAAGAGAAGAUGGCUGAUAAGUGUCACUUGUGUCUGCUGGGACUGAUCUUUCUCUCUUCACUUCUCACAGGUCUCAGUGGAGUGGAUGAUGCUCAUGUGUUCAUCAGUUCUGGUAAAGAUGUCCGUCUGCCCUGUAAUAAUGCUCUUCCUGACUGUAACUCAACUACAUGGAACUAUAAUAACAGAUUCAGAGAUUCAGUAACAGUUGAACUGAUUAAUUCAGGGAGAAAGAAGACAGACACAGAGAGACAUGAGAGACUGAGUCUGGGGUCUGACUGCUCUCUGAACAUCAAGAGAGUCACAAAAGAAGAUUGUGGAUCUUACACCUGCAGACAAUAUGUGAAUGAUCAACAACAGGGAACUGAUGCUGGUGUUUAUCUGCAUGUUCUUCAUGUCUCCUCAUCUGAGAUCAGUGCAGGCCGAUCUGUGAUUCUUUCCUGUCAGUUGUAUUCAUAUACUGGAGUCUCUUGUGAUGAUUGGAUCCGUUCUGAGCGAAUUGAGUUGUUCUGGGUGAAUCAGGGUGGUGUUAAACUGAAGAGAUCAGACUCCAUAUAUCAGAUAUCAGCUCCUGGUCACUGUAUCACCUCUCUGAAUACAACAAUCCUGAAUGAAGAUGAAAACGGAGAGUGGAGAUGUGAAGUUACUCAAGUCAAGACUUCAGUCACAUUUACUGUUAGGUAUUCAGGUGAGAAACAAACUUUCUUAACUUAAUUUCAGAAAACCAUCUGAUACAGACACAUGACUGAGGAUUAA